AUGGCUCCCGAUUUGGGAAGAAACAACGAGAUCUCGGAAGAUUACGACAAGGCAGAAAGCACAGAAAAACCAGAGCGAUCUCUGUGCCCUCUCAAGGAGAAAAGGUCUCCUCCUACACCGGAAGUAGAUGCCUUCGUCUCCUCCCCAGAAUCCCUGGUUACAGCCUGUCUCUCAGAUCUGUUACCUGCAAUAUCCGGUCAUCCUGACGUCACCGGGGAAACAGGUGCAUGUCUGGUUCAAGAAUGCAACGGCUUCAAUGUGAUCAACUUCGGGGCUGUUGGUGAUGGCAAGACAGACGACACUCAGGCAUUCUUGAAGGCGUGGACAGCAGUAUGUGGCACAACAAGGGCGGCAACACUUUUCGUUCCAGGAUGGAGGACGUUCUUAGUAGGCUCAUCCCAGUUCAACGGCCCAUGCCAAUCUAACUCUGUGCGUGUCAUGGUGAUUGGGAAUAUAUCGGCACCCAGCUCCCUGUCUGCGUGGGUAGGCAAAAACAGAUAUGCUUGGCUUAGCUUCAACCGGGUGCAUGGAUUGACCAUUGAAGGGCCUGGCACACUCAACGGCCAAGGUGCAAAUUGGUGGUUAUGUAGGCAAAAGCCCGAGCAGCCAUGUUCAUCUGCACCAGUGGCAUUAAUGAUAAAUCAGUGUCAAUACGUGACGGUAAAUGGGCUGCGCUCCUUAGACAGCCAGGGGGUUCACUUGAAGGUAGUGUAUUCGAAUCACGUGUACCUAAAUGACAUCACCAUUCAAGCACCAGAGGACAGCCCAAAUACUGAUGGCAUAAAUAUUGGGGCUUCUCAGUUCGUUUAUAUCAAUAAAGCUUCCAUCAAAACAGGAGACGAUUGCAUUUCCAUGAUAGUAGGGAGCUUUGACAUAAACAUCACAGAGGUCACCUGUGGCCCUGGCCAUGGUGUUAGUAUCGGAAGCCUUGGCCAGGAUGGAAACACAGAAUCUGUUGGAAGGAUACACGUCAAAAACGUCUCAUUUACUAACAGCAUGAACGGCGUCCGCAUCAAGACUUGGCAGGGUGGAUCUGGAUUCGUCCGAAACGUCAAGUUCGAGCAGCUGCAGUUUAGGAACACAGGCAACCCCAUAGUCAUUGACCAGUACUAUUGUCCCCAUAGUUCAUGUAAGGAACAGCCCUCAGCAGUGAAGAUUAGCGAAGUGAGCUUCACACAAGCAGUUGGUACGUCCAGCUCUGAAGUCGCCAUCAACCUGAACUGCAGCAGGACCGUCGCCUGCACAGGCAUCAUCUUGGAGAAUGUCCGUUUGAAGUCGGCCGACUCAAGCCGUCCUGUGAAAGCUAACUGCAUCAAUGCAUUUGGAAAUACUGACACCGUCAAUCCAGUUGUGCCUUGUUUUGACUAG